AUGCUGCCGCCCUCCAAGGAGCGAGGCCGGGGGGCUGGGGAGCGCGCAGGGGGACGUCAGGCGAGACCCCCGCCGCGGAGCUGGCGGGGGCUGGCCGGGAGGAACCAGAGGGGGGCCCCUGUGGGGGGCGGCGUCUGGGUGGAGAGCGGCCCGGGGGAGCCGGAGGAGAGCCUGGCCUUCGCUUCGGCGUUUUGGGUGGAGGAGGAGCUGAGGGAGCAGCAACGGGAGAAGGCAGCCAGCCUGAGACGUUUCCAGGGAGAGGUGAAGCAGCGGGUGAACCAGCAGGUCAGGAUGCGAAGAAAGCAGCAGCUGCAGAAGUCCUACGAAGCGAAAGGUCGCUGGCUCGCUCGAGCAGCGGAAGAACGGAGUCCCGGCGCCCUGCGCGGAAUCGCGGAGAGGGAGAGCUGCCUCGCCGUGCAGUACUCGGACUCGGCGCUGCGCUCGACCCCCAGGAAGAACACGUGCCUCUUUCGGAGCCACCCCGCGCCCGCCAUCUGCGGUCCCGCCGCUCGCGCCGUCCCGGCCCAGCGGCAAGGGAUGCGAAGCGAGCCGUUCCAGCAGCAAGCCGCCAAGCUUAGCAAAACCGUGAAGCAAGUUCGACGCAGGCUGGCAUCCUGCAAAACCGCGCACCAAGGAGCGGGUCCCCCCGAGCUCCCCGGCGGCGUCUGGAGGCGAGAGAAACCGGAGUCUUGCAAAACAACCCCGGUGCCCGCAGAAGAUGAGAGCGAGGAACUGCUUCUAGCGGGACAUCACGAUCUUCCGGCUGAACUGCAGGAUCGGGGGAUGGCCCCGCGUCAAGCCGAGCAAGACGACGACUUCUACAUCAAAAUCGAAUUUGAGAAAUUCUGUGACGGAUCGGUGAAGGACUCCAGCUUGCCCGAGCCUCCCCAGAGGCUGCGCACCGAUCACCGAGCUCCCCUCCUACUCUGGGCUGGCGUAGACCGAGAGGAAACCAAGAAACAGCGUCAGAACGAGUACCUGAGGUACCGGCGCCUCUUCAUGACCGUCGAGCGAGAGCAAGUGAAGGAACAGCAGAGGCAGAAAGAGCGGCAGAAGAGAAUCGCCGAGCUGGUGUUUCCGUAUGGGGGAAGGAAAGGAGGCUCGGAAAGCGUUUUUGACCCUUUUAUGUUUAAAGCUGUUAGCGCGGAGUUCCUUUCACCCACCCUGGGUGGUUUGGGUGAAAGCAGGAGGCGGCGGCAGCGCCUAGGUCCUGAUUUUACAACCAGGGGCGGGCAGGGAAUGGAGGAGCCGGCUGACCAGCAAGAACCCUCCCCAGGAGAGGGAGCUUGUGAAACCCUGGCCCAGCUUCAACUGGAGGAGAAGAGAGUGAAGAAAAUUAAGGAAAACCAGGAGCGAAAUAAGGAGUACGUGAGGUACGUCGAAGCUCUAAGAGCCCAGAUGAGGGAGAAGAUAAAACUAUAUAAUAUCGACUUGCCCCCGCUGUGCUCCUGCGGGUCCGAUUUCUGGGAUUCCCACCCGGAUACCUGCGCCAACAACUGCGUCUUCUACAAAAACCACAAAGCCUACAGCCGGGCGCUGCGGUCCCUCGUCUCGUCCUGCGACCCCGCGGACCGGAGCCGCUCGGCGAAGCUGCCGCUCCGGGGCCUGGCCGCGCUCUGCGCUCGCUCGGGGAAGCAUCUUUCAUCUUUCUUCACCACCGGCCGCGACGAUGAAUCAGCCGCCAUCUUGCGCCCCGUUUCCACCCGUGACGCGCUGGCUCACCCCGCCGUGUGCCGGGCCGGCAGCUCGAGGAGGGGGAAACACCCCUUAGCGCUCCCCCCAAAGCUCAGCUUAUCUUUUUAA